AUGCAGGCCAUCAACGAUCCACUUGGCCAGAAGGCUAAUUUGCUAGCACAGACCAGGCUACAAUAUUUUCGAGGAUAUGCAAUUAUUGACAUGCGUCAUUUGUCCUUUGAGAGUGAUGCAAUCCUCGGAUCAAGACCUCUUGACCAGACCAAUGUGAGAAGAUUACACACUAUGUUCGCACUAGAAGGCUGUGCCAACCUUGAACCUGAGCAUAAAGUAGCUGCUACGGUCAGUGAACUGACUCUGCAAGAAGGCCUGACACGUACGGGUAUAACGCAGGAAGCCCUCUUCAAUCAGGUGAACCCCGUCAAUCUAUCGUUUGAAGAUUCAGUUCGGCUGGUAUGUGUUUUUGGAAAACACCGGCUUAGAGCUGGCGAGGGAUUUGGUGUAGAUCGAUGGUUGGUUGAACUUUAUUCAACAGAAAUACCUUUGGAUGCAUUGGCACAACUUCGUGAAGAAUCUUCCGGCGCGCAGGCUUUCAAGGAUGGGGAAAUCUACACAAUUCUAAGAAGGUAUCAGCUUUCGAAUAAUGACUCACAAGAACAGAAAUGGUGGGCUCGAUUUCAGUCUGACGACCGGCGAAAGAAUUUUCGCAGACUUCAGCGAAACAAAUUUCUCCGUGAGGGUUUUGACAAAUUGCUGCCAUAUUGCGGGCUUUGGGAGCCACUAAAAGCCUAUCACAUUGAAAGAAUAUUAGGUUUGCGGUGCCAUGAGUAUAUACGUCAUUACCUUGAGGAGAUAUACCAAGCGUGGUCAUUCCUCUUCUCCAAAGAGACAGCUUAUAUGGCGGAUCCGACAUCAGUACGACUUAUUGAGGGACUUAUGUUUUCGUACUCAUUAGAUGACUGCGAUCGCCUGCAGGGACUUAUGAUUUCGGGGACUGUUUUCCCUCAUGUGAAAGGAGACGAACGUAUUAAUCUUCAAAGAAAGCUGCUCCAAAUUCCCGGACGGCUAUUGUCGAUUAAUACCCUCAUUCAAGACACGCUAUAUCUACAGAGUCCAGCGAAAGCAUUUCGCAGCCUUCUGCCCAAGAGGUUCAAAGGUACCCUGAGAGAAGCCAUGCGCCAAAAUUGGAGCUCUCAGAAUAAUAAGCAGCUCGGAAAUUUCCAGGCCUCUGAGCAUGAAUUCAGAACGUUACCAUCCCCUGCAGACUCGUUUCUCAUAGGCAUAAUGCAGCUGUGGCUAUUUGCACUGAGACACCUCGUUCAGCCCCGCAGGGAUAACAAACAUCCACAAAUACCAGCAUCACGAUCAAGCGAAGCGCAUAAUUUGAGUAACAUGGCGAUUCUGGCUCAUCAACUUGGCUUUACAUCGGCAGAGAUCAAUACGCUCCGGCUCAGGGACACCACACAGUGGGAGUCAAAAAGCAUGUUAAGAGCUUUUUGUGUUGAUGGCUUCUACCAAAUAGACGAGGCAAAAAUAAAUUCAAUGGCAAAUAGGAUGAAGGAUUAUUGGCGAAUCCUUCAACGAAAACAGAAUGCAGCAGAGAUCACGCCAAGCCUUGUCACAAACGAGGUCGAGCUGAUGACACGACGCAGGUAUAAUUGUCCAUUUCAAUCUGAAGAUGACAGAGAUCGCAACUUCUUAUUUCUGGAGCACAUAUAUUCUGCUGAACAACCUCGAGCACGCUAUGCUACAUCAUUUGCUGUGACUCGGGAAAUACUAUAUGCAUUUUUUGGGAAGAGUCCUUUAUAUGACAUUUUCUCGCAGGGUUCAGACAACACAUCGCAUGUCGUAUCCCCAACAAUGGAAUGGGGCACUAUUCCCUCAAAAGAUGAUCCUCUGGUUGAAGCAGAAGCAGCAAGUUAUGGGCCAAGCCCAGUUGAGCUCGAACCACAUCCUCCGGGUACUCCAGAUCGGAGCACUGAGGGCUUCGAGACUCGCGUGCCUCUGGCGGCAGGAUUUGAAGAUGAUUCGUGUAAGGCGCCCUUGGAGACAAAGGCGAUGAUUUCGCUACACCGAAAUGUGGCGGAGAUUCUUCAGAUGUGGUACGAAACAGGGGAUUCUCACCUGGUUGUUCUUUUUCUGUUCGAAUCACGUACCUACUACAAGUUCGAUCGGAAAUCAGAGAAUUCUUUGCGUUUGAGAUUGACAGAGCUUGGCAAAGAACAUUAUUUUCUUGUGAUCGGUGACUACGGUGUUGAAUUACCAAAUCUGAGCACGAUAACUGAGGUGGCUAUGCGAGAACGUCUGAUAUUGGUUGGAUAUAAAGAUGGUCCAAGCAAGGGAGUCACAGACGGGAAUGGACAAAUUUCUUUAGAUUCACUGAAGGAUUACGUGACGAAAUUUGACGUUCGUACCGGGAAAAGAAAAGCAGGUGAUAGUUAUGGAGGGCAUGCGAAGCGGAGAGCUCAAUGA